GAAGUUAUGCCACCUCGUGAGGCAGCUUGUGAGCCUUGUAGAAGGUCGAAGUUAGCCUGUGAUCAUGUCCGACCGGUAUGCACUCGAUGCUUGGGUGCUAACAGAGCCGACGCCUGCGAGUAUCGGAUAUCUCCAUUCAAACGAAGACGAACAGAUUUAGGUCCUUCGCCUAGGACGAAUAUUUCACGAGAAUCCGAACCACCUCCGACGGCAGCCGCGACGCCAACCAUUCGGCCUUAUCCAAAUCCAGGUUUCCAAGGCUCAUUGAGUUCUGCUGCAAUCUUCAGUCAUAUCUCUCCUCGACAUCACGAACCGGGAACUGCUCAGCCGGAACCUGAUACUGUACCAGCUGGAGUGUCCGUGCCUGCAUUGCUUGACAAUGAUGAUAUCGCGUGUCGACAAGGAACAUCAUUGAUAAAGCUACUUCUGGAAGAGUACCCAUUAAGCACUCUCAAAGACUUGGUCUCAUUCUGGCUCGCCAAGGGUAUCAGUCUCUCACAUGCCGAGUCUUUGUUAGAUUCGUGUGUGGAUAGCAUGGACGAAGCCCUCAACUCUGGACAGCCAACAGACACAUGUAUGGAACACUUGACCCGGAACUCGCAAAGUCCAUUGCUCUUUGUGCCUGAGACAACUUUUGGUGCAUAUGCAGCUCAAUUCUCUGGCAACAAUGCUCGCUUGGAGACCUUGGGCAUCUUUCUAUCUGCAGUGGUUAGAGCUACAAAUGAUGUUCCAUUCUUUCCGACCUUAUACAAGUCGGACGAAGACAAAUUCAGGCUUCGAAAACUGGCGACUCGAUUAAGUGACCAUGCUUUGGAAGUUUGCCUAUCACUCGACUGUCUGAAUGACCUUCAGCUUGCCUUCCAAUACGAAAAUUUCAUUGUGCAUACGUUCGUCGAUGGAGAUCAAAGUUACAGCUCAUGGCGGAGGCUUGGAGAUGUCAUUGCCUCUAUGCUUGCUCUUGGUUACCACGAACGAGUCGAGACUAGAUCCAGGAUACCGAACUUUUUGGUCGAGCUACGGCAAAGUGCAUUCGCACGCAUAUACACCGACGACAAAGAAGUUUCCAUCUUUCUUGGUCGACCACCUCGUCUAAGUCGAAGAUUUUGUCAUUUCCGAAUACCAAUUGCUUUGGACUCGUUUGAGGUCAAUGUGUCGGCUCCUGGGACUGAGACUGUCGGACAAGCAAACGCGAUCAAGAUUGACUACAGAGCAGGGUGCAGUUGGGCGGCUCUAUGUGCGCUACUCAAAGAAGAAAUCUUAGAGCUGUUUAUCGAGAAGAAUCGCGAACAUUGCGUUCAACGAGCGAGUGUUAUCUAUGCCAAGGCCGAAGCACAAUGGCAGCAGCUACCCACACACAUGCGCUACGAUGUUGGCUGUUUGAACGACUACAGAAGGAGCCCCUUCGAGCGCGACUUCCUUAUUAGUGCUCGGCUGGACCACAUACAUAUUCGUUUCCUGUUGCGGUUCAUCUUGCUAAACAGUUUAGCCCAGCCAGACGACGAGAUGAUCCAGAUAGCGCAUGAGAUGCUCACGCUGGUCGUUCAAGCCGUUCUCGCUCGUGAUCGCCUUGCUAACUCUGGAAGCGGUCUUGUAUGGAAAGUCAUCCUCUAUGGCUUACCAGCUUCUGGCAUUAUAUUGCUCGCUAUCCUCGAGCAACGCAAUCCCUACCACUUCGGUGGUCUAUCUCGCGCCAAAGUCCUACAAAACCUAAGAAUCCUCGUGGCCGAGAUACAAAUCGGCGCAUUAUCACACCCAAGAGAGCCGAAUUUUGCUUUACUCACCAGAGCCGCGCAGACUAUCGAAAACUUCCUCGAUUCAGAGGAGAGACAUGAUCAUCAUCCCAAUGGUCAGAUCGACACUCAUCAAGAUGCAGCGCCGGGACAAAUGGGACCUUGGGCUUCGAAUUUGAAUCUGGAAGCUUGGGACUUUGAUCUAGGCUUCUGGGAAAAUCUUGCCGAACAUCCCUUUUUGUCGAAUCUUGAAUUCCCAACAUAG